AUGGACACAGUGUUCCAGGGGGUCUCUGCCCAGAGCGAGGAGCGUGAGUGUGCCUUCAACGACCAGCAGCAGCAGUAUGAGGAGCAGCGUGUGGGAGCAGUGGGAGGAGGAGACUGGCCUAUGACCAGAGAGAAUACUACUAUACGCUGCAGUAAGGGCUCUCGAUGCUAUGGCCUGUGGGAGAAGACUAGAGACGGGAACAUACACCUGGUCAAACAGGGAUGCUGGACUCACAUCGGGGACCAGCAGGAGUGCCAUGACGACCGUUGCGUGGUUACCACCACUCCGUCUCAGAUUCAGAACGGGACCUACAGGUUCUGCUGCUGCAGCACCAACAUGUGUAACGUCAACUUCACCGAGGACUUCCCCCCGCCCAGCCCCACCUCUGCACAGCUAUACCCACGGCCGCUGUACCGCGAGGAGACCAUCGUGAUCGCCCUGGCGUCUGUCUCCAUAGUAGCGGUGCUGAUCGUGGCGCUCUUCUUCGGGUACCGCAUGUUGAGUGGAGACAGGAAACAGGGACUACACAACAUGGACAUGAUGGAGGCUGCCGCCUCAGAGCCCAGCCUCGACCUGGACAGCCUUAAACUACUAGAGGUGAGUAGUGGAGUAACGGGGUUAGAGGUGAGAUGGUGAGAUGGUGGAGUAUGGGGUUAGAGGUGAGGUGGUGGAGUAUGGGGUUAGAGGUGAGGUGGUGGAGUAUGGGGUUAGAGGUGAGGUGGUGGAGUAUGGGGUUAGAGGUGAGAUGGUGAGAUGGUGGAGUAUGGGGUUAGAGGGGAGAUGGUGAGAUGGUGAGAUGGUGGAGUAUGGGGUUAGAGGUGAGGUGGUGGAGUAUGGGGUUAGAGGUGAGAUGGUGGAGUAUGGGGUUAGAGGUGAGAUGGUGGGGUAUGGGGUUAGAGGUGAGAUGGUGGAGUAUGGGGUUAGAGGGGAGGUGGUGGAGUA